CAGUGAGAUGUAACUUUUCAUAUCCGGAACAGGUUUGACGAAGUGACAUUAUUAUUCACUUUUAAUAAGCUUUUGAUCGCCAAUACUGAGUUACACAGUGGGGCAUAGGAAAGACAGAGGAAAGAUCUUCUUUGAAGGGAUCUCAUUUUGUUGACAUAGCCAUGUCACUGAAGCCAAGGAUCGUGAAUUUUGAGGAAACUUGGGGUAGGCUCCUAGAGACAGUCCAGACGGUCAUCCAGUUGGGAGACAUCAAAAGGGCCACUUGGAGCGACAGAUUUCCAGAUGUGUAUGCUUUAUGUGUAGCUUUCCCUGAGCCGCACAGUGAAAGGCUGUACAAUGAGACUAAAUUAUUUCUUGAAGAGCAUGUGGAUAACCUCAGAAAGCAAGUGGCUGGUGCUGGGGAAUCCUUGCUAUCUCAAUAUCAUCGAUUUUGGCAACAGUAUAGCAAAGGAGCUGCAUAUAUGGAUCAACUCUACUCAUAUCUGAACCAGCACAUACGCAAGCAGAAGAUGAGUGAAGCCGACAGGAAUUUUGGAGCUUUCACAGAUACCAUAGAAGAGCAACUGAUGGAUAUAGGCGAAUUGGCCCUGGAUAUAUGGAAAAGGUUGAUGAUUAGACCACUUGAUAAGAUUCUCCAAGAACUUCUCCUUCGAGAAUUGUUUAAAGAUCGAGCAGGAGAAGACACUCAACAUAUUGUCCUUCAUAGUGUGAUCAAUUCACUGGUUGAAGUUGAACAGUACAAGAAGAAACAACAGCUCAAGCUUUACCAAGACUUAUUUGAGAUUAAAUGCUUAGAACAAACUGGAGCAUUCUAUAGGAAAGAGGCUGCAAGGUUACUACAAGAUCAUGACUGUUCACAGUAUAUGGCCAAGGUGUUACAAAGGCUCCAAGAAGAACAACUAAGAAGUCGAAAGUUCCUUCACCCCAGUUCCUACGACCGGGUACUAGAGGAGUGUCAGAAGAGAAUGGUGGCAGAUCAUAUGUCAUUACUUCAGUCUGAAUGUAGAAUGAUGGUUCGCCAUGAGAAGAGACAAGAUCUUUCAAGAAUAUACGAGCUUCUAAAACCCUUCUCAAGCGGGAUAAGUAUCAUGGUGAAGGAAUUAGAAACACACAUAGUCGAUUCGGGUCAACAGGCAAUAGCCGGUCUACAUGGGGACAAUAUACCAGCCCAGUUUGUAGAAGCAAUGCUGUCAUUACAUGGCAAAUUUUCAGAAAUGAUAACAACAGUCUUCAAUAAAGAUCAACUCUUUACAAAAUCAUUAGAUAUGGCAUGUUCAUCAGUAGUCAACAAGAAGCUUUCUCCAAAACACAAUUCAUGUAAAUCACCAGAACUGCUGGCACGGCAUUGUGAUGCAUUACUGAAGAAGAGUUCGAAAGGGAGCAGCGAAUCAGAACUUGAUGAUAGGUUGGGGCAAUGCAUCCUGGUCUUCAGAUAUAUAGACGACAAAGAUAUCUUCCAAAGGUUCUAUGCACGUAUGUUAGCAAAGAGAUUAAUACACGGUCUAUCAACAUCAAUGGAUGCUGAGGAAGCCAUGAUUAAUAAACUAAAGCAAGCGUGUGGGUACGAGUUCACUAAUAAGCUUCAUCGGAUGUUCACCGAUAUGGGGGUCAGCGAUGAUCUCAAUAACAAGUUUGCCAGGUUUUGCCAAGAAAAGGAGACGGAUCUCGGGAUCAACUUCUCUAUCUACGUCCUCACGACUGGUUCAUGGCCUCUUGGCCAGUCUGCUCUCACACCGUUUGCAAUGCCACAAGAAUUAGAGAAGAGUGUUAGAAUGUUUGAAAUUUUCUACAGUGAAAAGUUCCCAGGAAGGAAACUAACAUGGCUGCAUCAUUUGUGUACAGGUGAAUUAAAGCUGAACUACUUGAAGAAGCCGUACAUCGUAACCACCACAACGUUCCAGAUGGCUGUAUUGCUCAUGUUCAACAACCAAGACACCGUGCAGUAUUCAGAGUUAAUCAAUAGUACUCUGAUCAAUGAGAAAGAACUCGUUAAAACUGUCCAGUCUCUCAUAGAUACCAAGUUCAUCGAACAGAAUGAUGAGGGCCCAAUCACAGAGAGCACAUGCUUCAAACUAAAUCUUGCAUACUCUAACAAGAGGACAAAGUUUAAGAUUACAACAGCUAUCCAGAGAGAUCCACCUCAGCAAGAAGUAGAACAAACUCACAACGCAGUGGACGAGGAUAGGAAGCUCUAUCUCCAAGCAGCCAUCGUCCGAAUCAUGAAAGCACGCAAGAAACUCAAACACAAUAUGCUCAUACAAGAGGUAAUAUCUCAGGCCAGGUCUCGCUUCUCACCCAGCGUCAGCAUGAUCAAGAAAUGCAUAGAGGCCCUCAUCGACAAGCAGUACUUAGAACGGACACUCAAAGCCGAUGAAUACGCCUAUGUGGCAUAGCCUCGUCCUCGGUCCAACCCAUUCAUCAUCCCGUGGUGUCGCAGUGAACACUUUGGCUGUUUGAUGAUUUCAUGUAGGAGAUGGACACUGUGAAGUGUUUGUGCUUCAUUUUCACUUGGCCAGUGUGUGAAGGUCGAGAAGAUCACUUGCUUGAAAUUAAAUGAAAUGAGGAACUGCCGAACUGGAGCUGUAGAAUGAUUAGUGCCGCAAGGGGACAAAGUCAGUGCGAACAAUGUCGGUGUUUUAUACCGAAAAAGCUGCCUUUCUGUUAGUGAUGGUCUAAAACUCUGCCAUUAUUGACUACAGAGUUCUGUACUUCCCAUAGACUUUGUAUGGGCAGAAUGAGGUUCCAGUAAACAGGAGGUUAAUAGAGCAAGAGGAUGAUGAAUUUAGCAGAGCUGAACGGAUGAACCUAGGAUUUUAUGCAGGAAUACAUGAAGCUUUCACCAAGAGCCAUUAUGGGAAGCUACAGCGUUUCAUCCAGCAAGGAGUAUUUGGAUCAUCCUUACUACUCAAUAUCAACAAUUGCUGUAGAAGAGGACAUGCAGAUACAGAAAUUUAUUUGGAUAUCAAUUUUUUUUUUAAAUGAGCAUGAGCAUUGCAGUUCUUUUCACCCAAUUCUUACCAAUGUACCUUGCAUGAUGUGGACCCAUCUCAACUUCCUGAUUUGUAUUCCACCUGUACCAGAGUUUCUUUGCUGCGAAGAUGUCGUCGCAUGCACCGCGAACCGUCCGCUCUGUUACGAUGCCCACUGUAGCGUAAAUAAUUCACUUAAAGAAAAUAUAAAGAUACAGGAUGAAACUUUGAAACCUGAACUUUUGAACAAAUAAACUGUUUGCUCUCCUUGUAGGUGCACUUAUUGCUGGUUUAAAAAAAAGCUUUUCUUUAAAUGCUUUUUCUGCCAAACUAAAUUUCGCAUCGAAGUGCGCAGAAAGGACGAUUCGUGGUGCGUGCGACGAUGUGUUGUCUUGCAUUUAGCGACCGUGUGGCCUCCAAUUUACUCUUGGGUGAAGAGAAUGAUCAAAGAUUUCAACCUUGAUUCAAUCCAUCUUAAGUACAUUCUCUUUACCGCUUUGCCACAAGGAUUUGAUGCUGCCAAUGAUUUAUUUUCUAUUACAAUAAAUGUAGUUAUACCCUGGGCUUGAUGUCGUGACCAUUAUCAAAUAAGCCUGCUGAAUCUAUGGUAAUAUAAUCUCAAACAUAUUUAAUAAUUUCUUUGAUAUGGGCUUUCCAUAAUCUUGGAAUGGAUUUAGAUGAAAGUUGAAGUUAAAUUGUUUUAUAGCCAGAAUAAGAAUUUCAAGUGUUAUUUUAUGUAGUUGGGCACAGCAAAUGCCCAUAUUCUGGGCCCCAUUGCAUAAAAGUUACUUCUGUGGUAACUUGCUUGAAAUCCUUGAUUCUGAUUGGCUGGUU